GUCACAUUGUUGCAGAUCCAACGUCCAAGUCGCGCCAUGCUUUUUAAAACCUUCAAAAUCUGUCUGCUUCUCGGGCUGCUCCACGGCACUGUGGGCGAGAGAAAAUGGGACUACGAGCCCGUGUCCAUAGAAACCUACAGCACGGAUGAGAGUAAGCUGAAGGUCGAAUCCAAAAUCGAUCGUCUGAAGCGCGGAGAGUUCGGAAUUUCGUGCGCCGUGGAGUGGAAAUACGAUACAGAUGAGACCACAAUGGUCGAGGCCAGUGCUUACCGCAGCAAUUCCGGGGCGGAGAACGACUAUAAGGUCCUGCCCUGGUCUAUACCCAAGCAGCCCUACUAUGAGUAUCUCAACACUUACUACAAGGACGUGCUCAUCAAGAACCUUGGCCACUGCUCGAAUCUGCCGCAGUUCGAUGGGAAGUUCCAGCCGCCGUGGCCGAAGGACAACUACCUGGUCGACAAAUGCGUGAUCGACGGCGAGGGGCUUCCGGAAGUUGUUCCGCCCGGUUUCUACAAGAUCAUAUUCAUAAUAAGCGGACCCGAUCAGCCUGAAUGGGGUUUCACUGUAGUCCUUAAGGUGACAGCUAAACUUUUUUAGACAACUGUUUUUCGGAUUCGGAAAGAAUAUAGAAAUUUCCACACAUUUGGGAUACCAACAUCUACCGACAGAUCCCACACUUAUGUGGAAAGUGCAAUUACAAUUGUAGAAAGUACUAGGAUAUAGAUAACUAGAAGCUUCGAAGCUGUAAGAUAAAACCCAAGGGUAUAAAAAGUGUACUUCUUGCCAGAACCUGGCUUUUGUGGUGGGGAUUUCUGGUGGAAGUGGAUGUGUGUAACACCCAGAAGGAAGCGCUUCCGACACCAUAAAGUAUAUAUAUUCUUGAUCAGCAUCAACAGUCAUGUCGAUAUACCCAUGUCCGUCCGUCCGUGCGUGUAAAGAAAAAUGGAAACUGAUGAAAUCUAGUAUAUCAAAAUCUCCCAAACAGUUCGUC